AUGUACCCGUCCACGGCACGGAAAAACGCUGCAUUGCAGCACGCCGAACGGUGGAGGGUUGCGCUGCGUCUCGCUAGCCCCUCCAUUAUGCCCGCCGCACAAUACCGACGACUAUCCCCGCCAGAGCCUCCUGUCUGCCAACAACAGCUGCCACGGUGUACGCGGAUCCCGCCCAAGCACGCCGAUAUCGUCGCGAUUCGAUACUGUGCGCGCUGCCCUUAG